UCAGAAAGAGAGGGGGGUGGGUUAGUGAAAGAGAGCUGCAGUGAAUGUUCCUUAAGUCACCAGGGCCUGUUUUCUCCUGACAGGAAGCACAAUUGGGGGCUGCCUGAUUCCACACCCUUGCUGCACUGGGCUGCAACCAGAAUAAAGAUGUUGAGACACAUAUGGGCCAAGGAAAGUGCUCAACACAGACUGAAGUGUUCUUGGUGAUCCUUACAAGCACUACCACAGAGAGAAAGACAGACGGGGAAUGGGAGAGACGUAAUCACAGGUGCAGACAAGUAUGCUUUGGGAAGACACACGAACAACAUACAGGUUAAUUGGUGCCAGUGAGUGUGGCGCCCUUGUUGAAUGUUGCUCACCAUGGCAAAGCGAGAGUCCAGCAGCAGCCCUGUGGUCCGGCAGAUUGACAAGCAGUUCCUAGUGUGCAGUAUUUGUCUAGACCACUACCACAACCCAAAAGUAUUGCCCUGCCUGCACACCUUCUGUGAAAAGUGUCUGCAGAACUACAUCCCCGCUCAAUCAUUGACACUGUCCUGCCCGGUGUGCCGACAGACCUCUAUCCUGCCUGAGAAGGGCGUGGCUGCCUUGCAGAACAACUUUUUCAUCACAAACCUAAUGGAGGUGCUGCAGCGUGACCCAGAGUGCGCUCGGCCUGAGGCCUGCAGCGUCCUGGAGUCUGUGAGCGCUGCCGCCGCGGGCAAACCACUGUGCUGCCCCAACCAUGAGGGCAAGGUGAUGGAGUUUUACUGCGAGUCCUGUGAAACAGCAAUGUGUUUGGAAUGCACAGAGGGGGAGCACCGGGAGCAUGUGACUGUGCCGCUGCGAGACGUGCUGGAGCAGCACAAGGCAGCACUGAAGAACCAGCUUGAUGCCAUAUGCAACAGGCUACCCCAACUGACAGCCGCCAUCGAGCUGGUGAAUGAGAUCUCAAAGCAGCUGACAGAUCGCAAGAACGAUGCGGUGAGCGAGAUCAGCAGCACCUUCGAGGAUCUGGAGCGAGCACUGCACCUGCGCAAGAGCGCCCUUAUCAGCGACCUUGAGAAUAUCUGCAGCGCCAAGCAGAAGGUUCUGCAGUCCCAGCUAGCAUCUCUCCUCCAGGGUCAGGAGAACAUCCAGAGCAGCUGCAGCUUCACAGAGCAAGCCCUGAGCCAUGGAAGUGCCACUGAGGUUCUGCUGGUGCGCAAGCAGAUGAGCGAGCGGGUGGGCUCCCUGGCACGACAGGACUUCCCUGAAAGACCGCAUGAAAAUGACCACCUUGACUGUGUGGUGGAGACAGAGGGGCUUCGGCGCUCCAUUCAGAACCUGGGCGUGCUCAUCACCACCAGCGCAGUGGGCCACACCAGUGUGGCAACAGGAGAGGGGCUCCGGCAUACCCUGGUGGGGCACCAGACCUCCGUGACAAUCACCACCAAGGACAAGGAUGGGGAGCUGGUGAAGACGGGCAAUGCCAUCCUGCGUGCUGAGAUUACAGCACCUGACGGCAGCUACACAGAGGCAGAGGUGGUGGACAACAAGAAUGGCACCUACGAAGUAAUCUACACGCUGAAGUCUGAUGGCGAAUUCUCCCUCUCGCUGCUCCUCUAUAACCAGCCUGUGCGUGGCAGCCCCUUCCGUCUGCGUUCUGUCAAGGCAUCCGACGUGCCACAAUCCCCAGAUGAUGUGAAACGUCGUGUGAAAUCACCCAGCGGGGGUGGACAUGUCCGUCAGAAAGCUGUCCGGAGACCUUCCAGCAUGUACAGUACAGGCAAGAAGAAAGAGAACCCCAUCGAGGAUGAUAUGAUUUACAGAGUGGGCACACGAGGCAGGGAAAAGGGAGAGUUCACUAACCUGCAGGGGAUUUCUGCCUCAGGGAACGGGAGGAUUGUGGUUGCCGAUAGCAACAACCAGUGUAUCCAGGUGUUCUCAAAUGAUGGUCAGUUCAAGCUUCGGUUUGGGGUUCGAGGGCGCUCCCCCGGCCAGCUCCAGCGCCCCACUGGUGUCACUGUUGAUAUGAACGGUGACAUCAUUGUGGCUGACUAUGACAACAGAUGGAUCAGCAUCUUCUCUUCCGAUGGCAAGUUUAAGAACAAAAUUGGAGCUGGACGUCUAAUGGGGCCAAAGGGUGUGGCUGUGGAUAGGAAUGGCCACAUCAUCGCCGUGGACAACAAGGCCUGCUGUGUCUUCAUCUUCCAGUCCAAUGGCAAACUGGUCACCAAGUUUGGGGCACGGGGCACAUCGGAUAGACAGUUUGCAGAAAAAUGUGGUGCAAACGUUGCACUGGAGCAAAAGCUUAGUAAAUCUGGCCCAAUGUUCAGCCCUCACUUUGUUGCUGUAAAUAACAAAAAUGAAAUUGUUGUGACAGACUUCCACAAUCAUUCUGUCAAGGUGUAUGGUGCAGAUGGAGAGUUCCUGUUUAAAUUUGGUUCUCAUGGAGAGGGAAAUGGGCAAUUUAAUGCUCCGACUGGAGUAGCAGUUGACGCAAAUGGGAACAUCAUUGUAGCAGACUGGGGCAACAGCCGAAUACAGGUGUUCGACAGCGCUGGCUCAUUCUUGUCCUACAUUAACACCACAGCAGACCCCCUGUAUGGACCUCAGGGCCUGGCCCUCACCGCUGAUGGACAUGUGGUGGUGGCAGACUCCGGGAAUCACUGCUUCAAAGUCUAUCGAUACCUGCAGUAGCACAGGAGACCAGUUGGUAUGUUUAGAAACAAAACCAACAAACAAAUAUUUACUGAAGAUGGAAGAAAUGGACAGGGUGCAAUUUGUUUUCUCAUCUACAAUCAAGAUUUGCAAAACUUGAGUUCACAUCAGACAUGAACAUAAAUGACUACUAUUAGUGGGUUUUCUACUACAACUGUAAAUUUUAACAAAAUAAGGCAAAUGACACAAUUUUCUUGUUUUUAAAACACACAAACAUCUAAGAUGACAGUUAUGUCCUAUAUCAGGAGACUUAGAAGAUAAAGUAAAGCUUGAUUGUAUAUUCAAAGUUUUUACUGUUUGAGUGGAUAAAAACAGCAAAAAACUGAAGUGUUGCCCAGCUGCAUGAUGAUGAUUCUUAGUGUAUCAGAUCAUCAUUUAGACAAGAGAGAAUCUGUUCAUUUGUGAGAGGGGGAGAGAAGCUGGCAAAUUGGUCAUGGACAUGACCAAAAAUAAAACUAAACAGGGAGCAUCUAUUUAUUUAAUUUCAUUAAUUUCAUAAAAAAAAAUAAUAAUAAUAAUAAUAUGAGAAUGACAACAAGCCAGCCACUGCUAUACUGAUUGUGUUUAUUCACAUUUGUUGUUGAUUUGUGUAUGUUUAUAAUUAUUUAACUGUUGACUGUGUAUUUAAAAAUAUGUACAAUGCAGAAGAGCAACUAUUUUGGAUACAGAAACUUUAUUGCAGUAGUACUGAGCUAGUAUCGAUUAUUUCGCUGUACUAGUGUAUGAAUCAGAACAAAGUUCACCCGUCAAUAAGCAUCCUGGUUAUGUUGGUUUAUUCAUCAUGCGUUUUACCUGAUAUGUUCAACUCAGUGUCAGUGACAAUCAUUAAUUGUGAGGGGGUAAUGUUUUUAAAAAAUGUUUAAAUAUGUGUGUAGUCAAACUGAGGUGCCUCCUACAGCUGACAAAAAGACACAGACAAUAAGAUAGCUAAUAACUAACAGGUUGCUUACGGAGGUGCUAGAAUUGGGACUUGUUUUGAAUCACUGCCUGUGCUACUGCAAAUUUACUGCAUCCAUAAACUACAAUGGGAGUUACAUAAAUCUUACUCCAUUUUUAGUUCAUCCUGCUCCCCAAGAGGGAGAUUCUAGGACUGUAGCUGUAUGUUGCUCAAUAUCACCAAGUGCACCUCAGAUACCUUGCUACAGUGCCACCUGUCCGAUAUGAAAAGGGUUGCUAUGGCUACAGUCUCCCCUAAUGCAUAGUGUUGAUGAACAAGUAGCCUGUCCUCAUAAUGAAGACAUUGGUAGAUAAGAACAGACAGUCCCCAAACAGAAACUUUAUGUAACUUUUUCUCCCUUAAUAAAUAAUACAAUCUAGAUAGACCUCAAACUUGUCAUAAGAGAAAACCACCAUUAGUAGGAUCUUUGAAAUAGUUGUCUGCAGUAUUUAUAUACAUUUUAACAGCACAAUAUUUAACCUUUUUAUAUCAAUUUAGUUUUCAUAAUUUAUUUUCUUUUGAAAAUGAUUUUAUCUUUUAAAAAUAUGUUUUCUAAUUUAAAGUAUUUGUUUUGCCAGGGUUGUGGAAUGUAAUCAAAAAAUUAAGUAAUUGUACUGCAGGGACAUCACAAGCCCCCUAAGAGCUAGCAUUAAUAUGCUCUGUAUCGAAAUGUACUGCAAAGAUUUGGUACAGAAUGUAUUUCAAACUUUGUAUAGUGUGCCCUGUGUACAUCAGAAAAAACAUUGUAGAAAAUAAGAGCUUCACCACCAUAGCCCUUUACUGCACUGUGUGGCUUAUACAAAAUGUGAUGCUCUCUUAUUAGACCUUUGUUUUUGGAUUUUCAUUGGGGUUAUAUCAAUAUACACAGUGCCUACUGAAGGUCUACACCCCUUUGAACUUUUUUCACAUUUUAUUGUGUCAGUGCCUCAGAGUUUCAUGCAUUUAGAUGAGGAUGUU